GUUUCCUGCUGCGCUGGUUGAAUUUGCAAUCGCAGCAGGGGAGGCACUUGUAGUUGUCACACGCUGUCGCGUGGCAGACAGUUGAAACCGGCUCCCGGUGCGUAAGCGAGCAUCCGCGCGGAACUUCGAGGCAUCAGCCAUGCUUAUGAGAGCAGCGGCGCGUAAUUUGUCGCUUCUCAGACGGUGCGGCGUAUACCAUCAAUCCACCGCCGCCGUUUCAGUAGAGCCUGUGCGGAAUCCUGACAUCGCCUAUAAUCAGAUAUUUAUCAACAAUGAAUGGCACAACUCGGCGUCGGGCAAAACCUUUCCCACUGUCAAUCCUACGUCGGGAGAAGUGAUUACUCACGUGCAGGAAGGUGACAAGGCUGAUGUGGACAAAGCUGUGCAAGCAGCCAAGAAGGCAUUCGAAUUGGGAUCCGAAUGGCGCACCAUGGACGCCUCCGACCGAGGCGUUCUGCUAAAUCGUCUUGCUGACUGUAUUGAACGAGAUCGCUGCCUCAUUGCUAGCUUGGAGACAUUGGACAACGGCAAGCCCUUUGCAGAUGCUUACAACAUUGACCUACCUCUUGUUAUCAAGUGCCUCAGGUAUUAUGCUGGCUAUGCAGACAAAAACCAUGGCAAGACUAUCCCACUUGAUGGCAGCUACUUCGCGUACACACGUCAUGAGCCUGUUGGUGUGUGCGGGCAGAUUAUUCCUUGGAAUUUCCCAGCACUUAUGCAGGCCUGGAAGCUUGGCCCUGCACUCGCAAUGGGCAACACCGUGGUGAUGAAGCCAGCCGAGCAAACCCCACUGUCGGCACUUCAUGUGGCCUCUCUUGUGGCCGAGGCUGGCUUCCCACCAGGUGUGGUUAAUGUGGUGCCUGGUAUGGGCCCUACAGCAGGAGCAGCCAUUGCAGCUCACAGGGAUGUUGACAAGAUUGCCUUCACGGGUUCAACUGAGGUCGGCCAAUUGGUGAUGGAGACUGCGGCUAGGUCAAACCUGAAGAAGGUCACAUUGGAACUGGGUGGCAAGAGUCCCAACAUUGUUUUCAAGGAUGCUGACUUGGACGAGGCCAUAGAGACUUCACAUUUUGGACUGUUCUUCAACCAAGGCCAGUGCUGCUGCGCUGGCUCACGCAUUUUUGUGGAGGGCGCCAUCUACGAUGACUUUGUGGCUCGCAGUGUGGAACUUGCUAAGCAGAGAGUUCUCGGUGACCCCUUCGACGCCAACACCACACAGGGACCCCAGGUGGACCAAGAACAGCUGGGAAAAAUCUUGAAACUGAUUGACAGUGGCAAGAGUGAGGGAGCCCGCCUAUUGUGCGGAGGAGCCAGGCAUGGGUCACGAGGCUACUUUGUUGAACCAACUGUCUUCUCGGAUGUUAAAGACGGCAUGCGCAUUGCCAGGGAAGAGAUAUUUGGACCUGUAAUGCAAAUUUUGCGUUUUGAAAACAUUGAUGAGCUGAUUGAACGUGCAAACCGAACUGAGUAUGGAUUGGCUGCAAGCCUCUUCACACGAGACCUUGAGAAGGCAUUGCAUUUUUCAUCUGGGAUCAAAGCUGGAACUGUCUGGGUGAACUGCUAUGAUGUGUUGACUGCACAAGUACCCUUCGGUGGCUACAAGAUGUCUGGCAUUGGCCGUGAACUUGGGGAAUACGGCCUUGAAGCUUACACCCAAGUGAAGUCGGUGAUCAUGAAGAUGGGACAGAAGAACAGCUAAGCUGAAAUAUACGUCACUUUGUGCUGUUGCAUAUAACCUGUUUUUUUAUAUUCCCGGUACAAUA